AUGCUUGCGGAGGAAGUCGUGAUCGACGACGUGGGGGUGAGUGUCUCGCCGUGGCGCCUUGCGGUUCUUCACGUGUCCUUCUACAUUCUUAGCGCGGUGUCAACCCUCGGUCUGCGCAGUCCUCUAUGGCUUCUGUUGACGCUUGUCUACUGCGGCUUCCACCGCGACGCACUCACCGGACGCUCCUCCUACCCCUCAUGGCUUUGGAAAGUUUUGUGGGGCUGCAUUCUUACGUCAGCUGUCUGCUGUGUUGGCGCGAACGUUCUCACGCUGCUGGUGCAGUCGGAUGACGUCCAUCAUGUUGUGUGGCAUCUACUGAAUCCCCUUUGGCAGGUGGUCGGCGUCCAGCAAUGGAAGGCAGCAGAGGGGCAAGAAACGAUUUUGUUCCCGGCAAUAGCGACUGUGGUGUGGGGGUCUUCUGUACUUUACAUGAAAGAGCAAGACACGUGGCAGCUGCGAAUUCGGCGGGAUGGUGUCGAAAGCGCUUCAGCACAGCACGACAGCUUGUGCGGGCGGUGGCCUCGGCUAUCCUCGGCGUGCCGUCUCGCUGCGGCACCACUUCUCGCCACGCUGGCGUGGGCGGUGGCGUGGGUGGCAUCUCCCAGUUGUGUGGGGCUGUGGCUGGAGCUGAUGACUUUUGUGUUUGUGGGGUCUGCUUCAUGUACCCUAUUACAAACCCGAACGCUGUCAUCUCACAGGUCCGUCAGCGGUGCUAUGAGCGGCGACACCACCACCACCGCCGCAGCAGCAGCAACAACCGUCGCCAGCACGUUUUUUUACGCCACGAUUGCGGUGUUGAUCGUUGCUGUGAGCGCCACGCACAACGCCGUUUUUACGCCGAUCUUCAACGUCAACUACGCUCUCUGCACGCAGCUCGGUGUGGGUCCCGUGCCACUGGGCAGCAGAGAGGGCGCGCGUCGUGCGGUGCAGCUGCUGGGUAUGAUCAUCCUCGCUGCUGGUACGGCUAUGGUAGACACGUACGUGGUGCCGUCUCGCGUGGCGCCUCAGCCCGAACGACAAAAUUUGCUGGUAGCGGUGGAGGAGGAAGAAGACGAAGGGGAAGAAGGCACAGGGGCAGAGCAGCAUCACGGGCGCAACGCUGCCUCUUCACUAGAUCCUGCGCAUCCGCGUGGCGUUGCUCCAGAAGGGACACAUGUAGACCCUGCUCUUUGCCAGAUUCAGCACCUCUUCCAGUUUGUCGCCGUUGCUUGCGUCAUGGCACUGCUGCUUCACGCUGUCUUCUUUCCUAAUCUCGUCUCUUUAGCUCUUUGGCUCGUGCAUGCGUGCUGCUGCGCCGGUGGUCUCGUGGUUCGACCCCAGCAGCCAACAGCGGCGCUUUUCUGGGUGCUUGGGUUGUGUCUUGUGGCGUUAUCAUGUGCUAUCGUGGCACAGUACGUGUGUUUGGUUCUGCUUGUGAACCCAGACACGGCAGCGUGGGCGUGGCAGCCGGCGCUUCCCUACCACUUCGAAGACUACGGUGUUGUUGCGGCGCAGGUCGUCGGCGAACACAGCUUCGUCCUGCUUCUCCAACUCUACCUUUGCACCGGAGGGAUAACUGGUGACCCUCUUCUACACGCAGAUUGCAGUAGCAGUGCGGGAGGAGAGGCGCCUUUGUCCGCUGCUGCCCCUCCCGCGCAAACAAUUUCACCGCGGCCAGCAGCAGCGGACGAGAGGGAGGACAACGACGACUCACCUCAAGGAAAUUGGAUGCUGGAGCAACUCCGCAACGCCGCGGGCAAUCCCAAAGAGCUCGGUCGUGUUUUUGAAACGGCCGUCGGGCGCCCGCCUCGCAGAGCGGAGCUCGAUUGUCUCGUGACGUCUGCGCAGUCGUCCUCGCCUGUCACCUUUUCCUCCGCGUGUCACCUCAACACCGCAAAGGUGUUUCAUUGUGUUUUCUCGGGUCCCCUGUACACGUACACCAUCAUCAUCAGUCUUUUUGUUCUCGGAACGAGUAGCGCGUCCAUGGACUUGCUGCACGCGACGUGCCUAGUACUGUCGCUCUUCUUCAGCGUUGUGGGCAGUAGCGCGGUGCUCUGUCCUCACCUUCGGAUGAUACCGCCGGUGUGGGUGGCCAUUGUCAUGGGGCUGCAGCUGGGCUAUCGCGUGCUCGUUGUGGGCCGAGCUGGCCCGUCUUCUGCUUCUUCGUCGUUGCACUCCCCUCCACUGCUGUUCACAAACUUUCUGAAAGGGAGGAGCAACGUUGGUAAUUCAGCCUUGGAAUGGAGGGAGGUUGUCCUCUACCUCGCCGUGCAGUUCGUGUUGUUGUGGUGCUACCGAUACGAGCCGCACCCCCUCGCUGACUGGUCGCAGGUGUGUCAGUGUCUCAUCUUUCGUUGUCGCUGGACACGGCUCCUGCGCUUCGUGCGCCGCGCUGCCGGCUUUGUGGUGCUUGUGUGGAUCGUCCUCGCGCUGCCGCGAUCGGCGAACGUGACGCUGUUUGUGCUGCUCCUCUUUGGUGCCGCUCUGCUCCACCACUGGCGGUGGCAUCGACUCGCCUACGUGUGGCGGCGCUUCCUCCUCGUCGGCUACUGCGGCGUAGUGCUGCUCGCGAUGCUACUCGUAGAAUUUGCGCCGAUGCAGCCGAAACUGUGGAGUUUCCUGCGCGCGCUCGGCUGCCCGGUCGGAUCAGAGGGCGUCUGCGCCCGCGACGUGGGACUGCCGUCCGACACGGCUGUGUGGCUGACACCGCUGGCGCUGCCGUGGUGGUUUGUGAUUGUGCUGGCCACGGCUGUCGGGACGCCGAACGCGCUGCCCACCGGCUUCGCAGCAGCGGCGUCUCCCCCUUCGUCUCCCUCUACCGCCUCCACCCCUCCUUCCCUUACACCGGCGCCGCCCGUGGCCGAAGCACUGACAGGGUGGCGCUCGUCGUGUUCGGAGUGGUGGCCACCGCUGCGGUGCUCGGCGGUGACCGUUCUGCUCCUGCUCGCGAUGACGUACGCCGCCCUGUGCUCCCCCAGCCUCCUCACCACCGCCUACCUCGUUGGGCCGGUGUGGGGCCUCUACCCCACCUGGAUCUUCGCCGUCGCGGCGCUGCACACGGCCCUGCAGUGCACCUAUCAGUUCUGGUUCUCUCCACCGUGGCUGGAUGCCUACACGCUGUGGGGCACGCCGGUUGCGGAGCUGAUUGGGCUGUGGCGAGCGGCCUCGGCGACUGUGCCAGAAAGCGAUGUCACGAUCCCGUCUACGCUGGAGGUUGCGGCGGCGCCGCUGUUGAUUGGCCUGCUGCAGGCGUUGCAGUCAUACGCGAUGUCGACCACCGUAUCAAACCGCGGGGACGACAGCGGCGGUGGGAGUGGGGACAGCAGGAGCGUGGAGCGCCUGUUCACCUCUCCGAUCGGGCAGGUGCUACGACGACUGUGUGCCUCCCACCUCUACGUGCUGCUGCUGUUGUGUCUGCUGCACUCCACGCAGAGGUUUGUGAUGGGCUGGGGCGUCGCCGUGCUUUUGCUUGUGGUGUGGCAGGCCGCUGACCUGCGGGAGUGCGGGGUGCUGCUGCGGCCUCGGUGGUUGUACCGGCUAUGCGCCACCGCCUCGGCGGGUCUUGCGGUGGCCAACUACGCCUUGUUGUGGAUACACAUGUGCUUUCCCCACUGGUCCGUCCAUCAGCUGUUUCCGUGGCUUAUGGGCAGUGACAAAGAGGUGUCGCUGUCCACUGCCUGCUGGACAGCGGCGGCGGCGUGUGUGGCCCUGCAGUGGAGCAGCGGCGCCGAUCCAGAUGCGAUGAGCAACAACGACAACAGUAAUAGUACGGUCACGGAUCGCCUUCUCCGCCACCCGCACAGUGCCAAUUUUAUCACGUGGCUGCGACAGCGAAUUGGGCGCCACCGCGGCGCGUACGGCAUUCGCGCAACCAACUCCAUUGCUGACUUCGCGCCGAGCCAGCGAGAUGCGUUUCUCGCCGACGCCGCGGAACUCCUUGAAGGGUCGGGAAAUGCGCAUCCAGCGGAGGGAGAGGAGGGAAGAGUAGACGCAGACCAGCAGAACGCAACGGCGUUGUUGGUGCACGCAGCCGCUGUUGAUGCUGCACCUUCAGCUCUGUGCGGCGUACACACCUGGAGCAUCGCCGUUCUGCACGUGGCACGUUUGGUGCCUGUCGUCGCUUGCGGCUUUGUCGCCGUCGGCGCUGCGGCUUCGUCCUCCUGCCUCCUCUCAAUCUUUCUUUUGCUCAUUGGCCUCGUAAUGGGGCUGCGCCACGCUCGUCUGCAGUGGUCCUUCUGGCGUUGGUGGCGGUCGUUGCUUGUGGGAUGCGCAGCGCUGCCGCUCACCGCGCUUCUCCUCGGCUGCCCUCCCGUAUACACCGUCGUGGUGGCGCUGCCGCCGUGGGUUGGCCUCGUGGUGGGACUCUCGGACGAUGCGACGCCGCUCGUCUCCGGUGACGGUCUUCGCUUCACUGCGCGUCACGUGGUGCUGUUCUUCGCCCUUUGGGUGCAAAGCUGUCUCUACAACAACCCGCAGUGGGGCGUGCGGCUGCUGCGGCUGCAGUACACAGAGAAGCAGUUGGGGGCGAAGCGCCACGUCGCGCUGCAGCAGCAGCUGGAGGCACGGGUGGCACGGGCGACGGAGGAGGCGACGCGGGUAGACCGCGAGACACGCGCCUAUCUGGACGGCCUGCGCGCUGGCGAAGACGUGGCGGAGAUCAGCAUAACGAGCGAAGCGCAGUGCGAAGGUGGCAGUGCAGCAGGGCGAGAGGAGAGGGAGGAAGACGGAAGAGCAACAGGAGAAGACUUCGACGCUGAAAUGUACCUUCGGCGACCACCACCACGGCCAUCACCGACCAACUUGGAAAACGGAGCGAGGAGAGGCGACUCAUCGGAGGCGCCGCCCCCGUCGUCUCUCUUUCCUGUUGUGACGGUCCCCAACGCAGAAGGCGGGAUUUCGUUUUCCUCCACAGCAGCGGCAGCAUCACACGCGUCCAGCGAAGCAAACCCACUGUGUUCGUCAGCAUCGCGGUGGUGGCGGCAGCGAUGUGACAGCGGCCUGCGUCGAGCCUGCAACGUGCUUGCCGCGCACACCUACCACCCUUCAGAGUAUCACGUGUGUGCCACAGCAGCAGCAGCAGCAGCAGCAGCAGCAGCAGCGUCGACAACAGCGAGAAGUGGCCCCGCUGCUCUUUCUCUUCGUCAGCUUUUCACGCACCUGCUUCUCGUCGCGCUGCAGGUAUUGCUGCGCCACACCCCACUCGCGCUGCUCACGUGUGCACUCGUCAACGCCCUUCUGACGGGCUGCCUGUGGGAACUCCUGGGCCUCUGCUAUGUGGUGCAAAUUGCCCUCGCCUAUCACCCUCACGCCCCGCGCCUUGUUUACCAGUGCUUCGGGCUUUACGUAGUGGCGGGUGUGCUUCUCAAAGAGCUGGUAGUGCUGUGGGUGACCUUCGACACCGUCGGCCCGAUCCCCGCCUUCGCCGUCGGGACGUUGCUGCCGCGCCAGAAAGGUAGCCCUUACCCGUGGUCCAGCGCCGCGGCGGCGCGCGGCAGCCUUCGUUAUUGUUUGUUGUGGAUGGAUAUAUUGACGCUGGGCGUCGUGGCUCUGCAUGAGCGCGUCUGUGUCAUCUAUGGUGUCUACGUGGACGACCACGCUGGGAGACGAACAGUGCGUAGCGCCAGCCGCACAGGAGCCCCGUCUCACGCCACACCACCUCCUUCAGCUGCCACAGAUGGCGGCAACGGCAACUGCGGCACGGCAGCAGCAACAGCAGAGUCAACCGGCUCUACAAAUCGCUCUCCGCACAAUGCAGCACCGCCUUCACCGGACGGCACGGAUGGUUGUGGAGUACGACGCGCUCUUCUCUCCUACUACGCAAACGUCGUGUCCGUUCCCGGCGUUGGUGAAGACUGGUAUCUAUCCUACACGUCUGUCGACCUUUUCGCCCUGUUCGUGCUGGUGGCGACGUACAGUCACAUGACGACUAACGAGAACCUGACACUGCAGGACAAUGUGCAAAACAAUCAGCUUUCCGGCCCAAUGGCUCUGCUGCUCUGCAUGAGCGUCUUACAGCUCGUCGUGGAUCGCAUGUUGUACGUACAGCGCUGCAUGCACCUCAAAGCAGCCGCGAACUGGAUCGGUGCGUUGGUCUACUGCCUGCUUUACUGGUGGUGGCGCAACACCGUCGCCGUCUCGGCCCACGCUGCGGGCAACACGUACUUCACUUUAAAGAUUGUGGCGCUCGUGCUGUCUGCCGCCCAGGUCUGCCGCGGCUACCCGCUACACAACCGCCGCGACGUCCUCACGGCGCACCCGGGUAGUCUCUUCCGCUACAGCUGUUUUAUGGUCUUCCGCGCCAUUCCGUUUGUGUGGGAGAUGCGCACCCUGAUCGAUUGGACCGUGCAGCACACCGCCCUCACGCUGCAGGAGUACCUGACACUGGAGGACAUUCACGUUUACGUGCAUCACUGCCGUGAGCGGUACGAAGGGAAGCGCAACGAGCGCACCAAAGUCGGCGACGUCGUCCCACGCUCGGCGAAGUGGCUCUUUGGCGUAAGUCGCCUCGCGCUGAUCCUGCUGGCGCUCCUGGGCCCCUUGCUGUACUACUCCACCUACAACCCGUCCGCCGUGGUGAACCGGGCUGUUCAGCUGAACCUGCAGCUUUCCUUCUUCGGCGCGCACGACUUUUUCGCCACGACGGUGCACGACAACGCCUCCGUACCGGACGGGUGGUGGUCGUGGCUGGCGCGGACGCGACCCACGGUGGCCCUGUACGGGCAGACCGCCACGGAGCAGACGGUACAGCUGAUGGAGUUUACGUCGUGCAGUGGCAGCCAGUGGAUGGCGAGCCCGCAGGCUAUGCGGCAAGUUCUGGCGGGUCUGCGUGCUGCCGCUGGUUCCUCGAGUAACGGGAUGGACAGCGGGAAGGAGGAGGACGCCACAACCGCGGCGUACAUCCUGCAAUCGAUGGAGAUGGUGCGCAACACUAGUAGUGCGACCAGUACCACAUCUGUUUCUCUUGUCCAUCGCUGGCCGAUUCCAAAGAAGACGGCGCAGGCUAUGGUGCGCAUUCUCGAAAGGGAGACCGGCGCCAGCACGACGGCACCGCCUGACAACAACAACAUCAGCAGCAGUGCGAGCGACAGUGCCAGCAGCGAUAGCGACACCGCCUCUGCCGUACUUCCUUUCUUUUACAAUCCUUUCUCUUUCAAUCGCGCAAGCCGCCUGGAUGUUCUGCCGACCGACGCCCACUUCCCUCAUCGCAAUCGCCAGCAUUGCAGCUUAGAGCUGAACCACGAGCGCGACGUUGCGUUGAAUACGUCGGUUCGGUACUGGUGCCUGCACUGCGCGCCGCUGUUUCCGGCAGGCAACGUUCCAACCGCCAACACGUCCAGCGCCGCGGAGUGGCAUUGCCUGACCACCGGUGAGGGCUGCGACGACUUCAACUACGAAGACGUCAACGAGGCGGUGCGAGCUGCGCCGUGGAGGACGCCAUCGACACAAAACGCACCGCUGCGAGUGCCGAUUUACGUGGUCGUCUUGUCCGACUUCGUUGUAUCGGGCAUCUCCUUUCUCAAGGGACUCAGUAUUGUUGCGCUCUACACCACCUUUGUGCUGGCGCUUGGACGACUGCUGCGGUCGGUGUUGGCAAACAAGAUGGGCACCCUUGUCUUUGAGAACAUGGCCAACCCGGCGGUUCUGGAGAACAUGGUGCGCUGCACUGGGAUAGCGCGCGAAUACGGCGAUCUGCGGCUGGAGCACACCAUUUACCUCGAGCUGGUCGACAUGCUGCGAUCGCCGGAGCGGCUCUUUGAGAUCACCGGGUCGUUGCGCAGCAUGUACCAGGAUGCGGACCAAGAUGACGGAUUUCACCUCGGACUGGUGCGCCGUCGCAGAGCUCGCAGGAGUCCGGAGAGCAGCGGCGCUACUGCUGCCAUUUGA